GCAUGCGCGCUUUGGUCCCGCGAUCUGUAGCUGUCAGGGCCGUUUGAGACGUUGGUUCAGAGUAUGAGAAGCGCUCGGUCUGAGCAGUGAAGCGUUUACCGGCCCCGGGAUGGAGUUCGCGGAGCUUAUCAAGACCCCGCGGGUGGAUAAUGUGAUCCUGCACCGGCCUUUUCACCCGCCGGUGGGCGGGACCCUGUGCCUAACCGGGCACCACCUGAUCCUCAGCUCCCGGCAGGAUAAACAGGAAGAGCUGUGGCUGCUUCACGCCAACAUCGACUGCAUCGACCGCAGGUUCGUGGGCACGGCCGGCACGAUCACCGUAAGAUGUAAGGACCUGCGGGUGAUACAGCUGGAGAUCAGCGGCAUGGACGAGAGUCUGAACAUCGCCAGCUCUAUAGAGGCCUUGUCUACGCUGGACUCCGUCACCCUGAUGUACCCGUUCUUCUAUCGCCCCAUGUUCGACGUCACAGAAGACGGCUGGAACACCUUCCUUCCCGAGAGAGAAUUCGAGCGGCUCAGCGCAGAAACGGACGAGUGGCAGCUCAGCCGCGUCAAUCAAGACUUCUCCGUCUGCCCGUCUUACCCCUCGCUCGUCAUCGUUCCAAAGUCAAUGGACGACGAUUCUCUUCGGAAGGUGGCCCAGUUCCGCCAUGGCGGCCGAUUUCCCGUGCUUAGCUAUUAUCAUCGGAAGAAUGGCAUGGUGAUGAUGCGCAGCAGCCAGCCUCUUACCGGUACCAACGGGAGGCGCUGCAAAGAAGACGAGAAGCUGAUUAACGCAACCCUGAGACCCGGCAAGCGCGGCUACAUCAUAGAUACUCGCACCCUGAACGCAGCCCAGCAAGCCAGAGCCAGGGGCGGCGGGUUCGAACAAGAGGCCAACUACCCCCAGUGGAGGCGAAUCCACAAGUCCAUAGAGAGGUUUAACAUCCUCCAGGAGAGUCUGAUUAAGCUGGUGGAGGCCUGCAACGAUCAGUCUCACAACAUGGACCGCUGGCUCAGCAAACUGGAGGCGUCAAACUGGCUGACUCACAUCAAGGAGAUCCUGACCACCGCUUGUCUGGCUGCUCAGUGCAUCGACAGGGAAGGGGCGUCCGUUCUGGUGCACGGAUCGGAAGGAAUGGACGCCACUUUGCAGGUGACGUCCUUGGCGCAGAUCAUCCUGGAUCCAAAGUGUAGGACUCUCCGAGGCUUCGAAUCGCUGGUUGAGAAAGAAUGGCUACAGGCCGGCCACCCGUUCCAGCAGCGAUGCGCCCAGUCCGCGUACUCCAACAGCAAGCAGAAGUGGGAAGCCCCGACCUUCCUGCUCUUCUUGGACUGCGUGUGGCAGAUUCUCCGCCAGUUCCCGUGUUCCUUCGAGUUUAACGAGCGCUUCCUCGUCGCCCUCUUCGAACAUGCCUACGCCUCCCAGUUUGGCACCUUCUUGGGCAAUAACGAGUGCGAACGGAGUAAACUGAAGCUACGGCAGAAGACGAUGUCCCUCUGGUCCUGGGUGAAUCAACCGACGGAGCUCAAUAAAUUUAUGAACCCCUUGUAUGAAGCCAACGGGCUCGUCAUCUGGCCCUCUGUGGCCCCUCAGAGUCUUCAGCUGUGGGAAGGGGUUUUUCUGCGCUGGAAUAGAGCUUCCAAGUAUACCGAGGAUGCUUACGAAGAAAUGGUUCACAUCAUAGAGUAUAACAAAGAGCUUCAGGUGAAAGUUAAUGCCCUAAGGAGGCAAUUAGCAGAACUGGAGACCGAAGACGGGAUACUGGAGACGCCCUGAUCCGAAGAGGUCCGCGUCACCCCCCCCCCCCCCCCGUCAUAUAAAAGCCUGCCCGCCCAGCUUGGCGGAAGGGCUCGAAGUUUACGCAGUCUGUGAUGCAUGCACUACACGUUCCUUUGGGGCCAUUGACCUUUUAUUUUUUAAACUCCAAAAGGGUGAUCAGUCCUUACCUCUGGCACUUUACGGGUUAAUUCAUGUAUUUACGCAAAUCAAAGACGAACAUGUAGACGGUGAAGUAUGUAAAGCUGCUUGUCUCGUCACGUUAAAAAAUCCACCAUUAUCCUCACCAGGUGUCGCUGUAUCUGCGUGGUGAUAUAUCUCCCGCCACCAGGUGGCGCUGUUGAGUAGGCUCCAUUACAUUAUUGCAUUACGUUAUAUAGCGCCGGCAGAUACCGUAGCGAUGUUACCAUACGAGACGAUAAAAACAAUUGACAAUACUAAAUGACAAUAAGGUUAACCCAUCUCAAGAUGUAGGAGAAGAGGGUCCCGCUCUCGCGUCCUCGCAGCUUCCUGACGUUCCCUCCACCGCCUGCCUGCUCUCCCUCCCCAUCAUUUUUUAAGAUUUGCUCAUUUUGCACAGUAGUUUGAUUAACCCUUCACCUUCUUUUCAUUAUUUGUAUAUAUUUUAUUUUUUACCAUUUUACACGUUUAUAAAGCGGCCAACCAGUGAUGCUUUUGUGGUUUUCCACCUGAAAGUACCUUUAAUUUAGAGUUUUUGGAGUUAAAUUUCUUUUUCUUUCUUUCGAAUAUAAUUUGAUGUAUAUGAUAUAAGAGCGCGUGUUGUUACCGCUUCUCGAUAAGUCACCCCAGUUAUUCUGCGUUAGAAUUUACCGUCCUAAUGUGGCUUUUGUGGAUAACGCCUCCAAACAUGGAGGUCCUUUCUGUUUUAAAGACAUAUCACCUAAAUAAAGUGGACCUGUUACACGUA